CCAACCCACUCUACAGCCAUUCUUGCCAUCUGUCCACUCCGCACUCUCGGCGUGGGUGCAUCGGCAGCCUCUCUGCCGACAGGAGCACCACGCAAAGCAUGAUAUAGCCGCGGUGGGUGCGGGCCAGCCUGCGCCCCACCCCGCCGCCCACAGCACAAUGUCAGUCGACGCCAUCGCCCAGCAGCUCGUCCGCGCCGCCGCCGAAGGCAGCCAGCGCCGCGUGGUAGUCGCGGUCAGCGGUAUCCCAGGCUCGGGGAAGAGCACGCUCGCGUACCCGCUCGCUGAGCGCGUCAACGCGCUCGCUGGGCGGGAAGUGGCGAUUUGCGUGGGCAUUGACGGGUGGCAUUACUCGCAGGCCGAGCUGCGGGGGAUGGAGAACCCUUCCCACCUCUUCGCGCGCCGCGGCGCCCACUUCACCUUCGACGCCGAGUCGUACGCCUCCUUCGUGUCAGCGCUCGACACGACACCCACGCUGCCCUUCCCGACGUUCUCCCAUGCGGACAAGGAUCCCGUGCAGCAUGGGGGCGAGGUGCGGCCAGAGCACCGGGUGAUCAUCAUCGAAGGCCUCCACGCCCAUCUCGACGUCGUGCCCUGGUCUACCGCUGCCGCACGUUACGACUACACGAUCUGGGUGGACACGCCUCGCGCCGUCGCGCGCGAGCGCAUCGUGCGCCGCCAUCUCCGCGAAGGGGUCGAGGAUACCCCCGACGCUGCGGCGCGCCGGGCCGACCAGAGCGACAUGGUCAAUGCUGAUACGUUGCUGGGUAACCGCCUCGUGCCGAGCAUUGUCGUCGACUUGGACGCUGCUGAGAGCGUUGUUGCGCCUGCCGUUGCUGCGGGAGCCGCGGUACUGUUCACUGCCGCCGCCGGCAUCACGGCUUAGACUACCC